AUGUCAGACGACGACGACUUCAUGCAGGCCUCUGAUGAGGAGAACUACGACUUCGAGUACGAGGAUGACGAUGAUGUCGAUCAGGGCGGCGACGUCGACGUCGAGAACAAAUACUACAAUGCGAAACAGAUGAAGGUGGACAACCCGGAAGAGGCGAUCGAUGAAUUCUUAGGCGUACCUGCGUUGGAAGACGAGAAGGGAGACUGGGGUUUCAAAGGUUUGAAGCAGGCCAUAAAGCUUGAGUUCAAACUGGGACGAUACAAGCAGGCGGUGGAACACUAUACGGAGCUCUUGACGUACGUCAAGUCUGCGGUGACUCGUAACUAUUCAGAAAAGUCCAUCAACAACAUGCUGGACUUCAUCGAGAAGAACGCCGAAGACGAAGCUGCCAACCAAUGCAUGGAGCACUUCUACUCCAAGACUCUCGAAUCCUUCCAGGCCACUAACAACGAGCGGUUAUGGCUUUCGACCAACACCAAGCUUGCACGUCUCUGGCUUGCUCAAAAGAACUAUGACCGUCUAACUGACAAAGUCCGCGAGCUACACAAGGCGUGCCAGUUCCCUGACGGCACCGAUGACCCAAGCAAAGGCACAUACUCCAUGGAGGCAUACGCGCUCGAGAUUCAGAUGUAUGCAGAGACACGCAACAACAAGCGGCUGAAGGGAUUGUACACGCGUGCGCUCAGAGUGCGUUCAGCGGUACCACAUCCCAAGAUCAUGGGAAUCAUCCGCGAGUGCGGCGGCAAGAUGCACAUGAGUGAAGAGAAUUGGAAGAGCGCCCAGAGUGACUUCUUCGAAUCAUUCCGCAACUACGACGAGGCGGGAUCGUUGCAGCGCAUUCAGGUGCUCAAGUAUCUCGUGCUGACGACCAUGCUCAUGGGCUCGGACAUCAAUCCAUUCGAUUCGCAGGAAACCAAGCCAUACAAGAACGAUCCUCGCAUCGCGGCUAUGACGGAGCUGGUGGAUGCAUACCAACGAGAUGACAUUCAUCAAUAUGAGACGGUUCUCCAGAAGAACAAGGACCUCCUUGCAGAUCCAUUCAUCGCGGAGAAUAUUGACGAAGUCACCCGCAAUAUGCGUACCAAGGCGGUGGUCAAACUGGUGGCACCAUACACCCGCUUCCGUCUCGACUUCAUUGCGAAGCGGCUGAACAUCUCGAUACCCGAGGUUCAGGACAUCGUGGGCUUCCUGAUGAUGGACAAGAAGCUGCGUGGCAAGAUCAACCAGGAUGCCGGGACGGUCGAGAUCGAGAGCCGCGCAGAUCUAGAUCGGAUGCACGCUGUGGCGGAUUGGACGGCGGCAAUUCGUUCGCUGGCGUCGGUUGUGCUCAACGACGGCGACUUCAAGCAAGACGAUGCCGGAAUGGGACCAGGUGGCAGCUCCUCCCUUACCGGCACGCCUGAAGCCUUCGACAUUAUGGCCCCGUCAUCACGCGGUGGAAAGCGCAAGCCGAACCGAGCAGCAGGGAAAUGA